GUCGUGGGCCGGCUGCUGGCAGUUCUGCACCGUGUACACAGUAGCAAUGCAACAAGUGGCCGGGUUUUCCCCCCACACACCCCGAUCUCUGGAGAGGUGCACGCUGCGUGCCUGUGAAAGCCGCGCUCGCGCAGACGGCGGCGGUUUGUUUGGUCAAGAGGGAGAGAAGAAGCGCUGUCGGAAGGACGAGGCAGGCUGGUGCAUGCUCUUCGAAGGCGCCCACAGCUGCCAAGUGAGCUGAUCGGCAACCUGGCACGCCGGCGGAGCUCAGGAAAACCGUGCGCAAUGGUGGCUUUGGCGGGCACCGGAGGAAGUCGCGCCACCCUCGGCUCUGCUGCACUGUGAGGCAGAGGAAGGGAUCCUUUCCCGCCCCUCUUUCUUCGCCGUUCGGUAGCAGCGCGUCGCUGAAGAAAGGAAGUCAGGUCGGGAGGAAGAGAAGGUGGCGGCGGAGGCGGUUCGGCAUGUGCCUAAAGUCGCGUCCUGUGGAAGCAGAGGUGUGAGAGCGGGCAUGAGCGACAGCAGUGAGGGGGUCAUCAGCUUCUCCGUGCCCAGCCCGCCAGGCACUGGUGGCGGCUGCCCGCUCCUCUUCGAGGAUGGGCUCGGGAGAAGAGCGCCGGCGGCGGGCGAAGGAAUGGCCCGGGGUUUCCUGGCCGGCCCAGGCGCGCCGCCGCCUGGCACCUUUUGGAACGAGGACAGCGGCGCAACCUGCCCGGCUACCGACUCGGCCGCCCGGGCCAAAAGCAGCGGCGGCGGCACCAGGAGGACGACGGUGUCUUACGUGAUCAACGAGGCGAGCCCGGGGCUGCUACAGGCGGCGGAGAGCGGGGCCCUGCAGAGCCUGCGGGAGGCGUGCGAGGCGGUCGGCGCCGACCUGCAGACUUUGCACUUCGGCAAGCUGGACUUCGGUGAGACGGCCGUGCUGGACCGCUUCUACAACGCAGAUAUUGCAGUAGUGGAGAUGAGCGAUGCCUUCCGCCAGCCCUCUCUUUUUUAUCAUCUGGGAGUCAGAGAGAGCUUCAGCAUGGCAAACAACAUUAUUCUCUACUGUGACACAAACACAGAUUCUCUGCAGUCACUGAAGGAAAUCAUUUGCCAGAAGAAUAAUAUGUGCACUGGCAACUACAUAUUUGUUCCAUAUAUGAUAACUCCACAUAACAAAGUAUACUGUUGUGACAGCAGUUUUAUGAAAGGAUUGACUGAGUUAAUGCAACCCAGCUUUGAAUUAUUGCUUGGGCCAAUAUGCUUACCCUUGGUGGAUCGCUUUAUUCAGCUUUUGAAAGUGGCACAGGCCAGCUCAAGCCAGUACUUCAGGGAGUCAAUUCUGAAUGAUAUCAGAAAAGCUCGUAAUGUGUACACAGUGAAAGAGCUAGCUGCAGAGUUGGCAAGGAUACGACAAAGGGUGGAUAACAUUGAGCUUCUCUCCGCAGACAUUGUGAUAAACUUGUUGUUAUCAUACAGAGAUAUUCAGGAUUAUGAUUCUAUUGUCAAACUGGUAGAAACAUUAGAAAAACUUCCAACGUUUGACUUGGCUUUGCAUCAUCAUGUGAAAUUUCAUUAUGCAUUUGCACUGAACAGACGAAAUCUACCUGGAGAUAGACAGAAAGCUCUAGAUAUUAUGAUACCUCUGGUGGAGAGCGAGAGCCAGGUAGCUUCAGACAUGUAUUGCCUUGUGGGACGGAUAUACAAAGAUAUUUUUUUGGAUUCUGGAUUUACAGACACAGAGAGUAGAGACCAAGGAACUAUAUGGUUCAAGAAGGCAUUUGAGUCAGAACCAACAUUACAGUCAGGAAUUAAUUAUGCAGUACUUCUCUUGGCUGCCGGGCACCAGUUUGAUACCUCUUUUGAGCUGCGGAAAGUUGGAGUAAAGAUAAGCAGCCUGCUUGGGAAGAAGGGAAACCUGGAAAAAUUGCAGAGUUAUUGGGAAGUGGGAUUUUUCUUGGGAGCCAGUGUUUUGGCAAAUGAUCAUACUAGAGUGAUUCAGGCCUCAGAAAAACUUUUCAAAUUGAAGACACCAGCAUGGUACCUCAAGUCAACUGUGGAGACUAUUUUGAUAUAUCAGCACUUUAAGAAACUGAAUCCAGAACAGCAGGUUGCCAAACAUGAACUUGUAGACUUUUGGAUGGACUUUCUGGUUGAAGCCACAAAGACAGAUGUGUCAGUAGUUAGAUUUCCUGUUUUAAUACUGGAACCUACAAAAAUCUACCAGCCUUCAUAUCUUUCCAUCAACAGUGAGGCUGAAGAGAAGACAGUCUCUAUCUGGCAUGUUAUGCCUGACGAUAAGAAAGGCAUUCAUGAAUGGAACUUCUCUGCUGAUUCUAUAAGAGGUGUAAGCAUUUCAAAAUUUGAAGAACGAUGCUGCUUCCUUUAUGUGCUGCACAACUCAGAUGACUUCCAAAUCUAUUUCUGUACAGAGCACCACUGCAAAAAAUUUUUUGAAAUGGUUAACAGUAUUACUGAAGAGAUAGGGAAAAACACAGAGGAAGGAGAAUGUGAUGGAGACUCCCUGGAGUAUGACUAUGAAUAUGAUGAAAAUGGUGAGCGAGUCAUUUUGGGGAAAGGCACUUACGGCAUUGUUUAUGCAGGACGAGAUCUGAGCAAUCAAGUCAGAAUUGCCAUUAAAGAAAUCCCAGAAAGAGAUAGCAGAUAUUCUCAGCCUUUGCAUGAAGAAAUUGCUUUACAUAAGCACCUCAAACACAAAAAUAUUGUACAGUACCUUGGUUCAUUUAGUGAAGAUGGAUUCAUUAAGAUAUUCAUGGAGCAGGUGCCAGGCGGUAGCCUUUCUGCUCUUCUGAGAUCAAAAUGGGGGCCAUUAAAAGAUAAUGAGCAGACUAUUGGUUUUUAUACCAAACAGAUUCUUGAAGGAUUAAAAUAUCUCCAUGAUAAUCAAAUAGUGCAUCGAGACAUAAAGGGUGACAAUGUACUUAUUAACACAUACAGUGGAGUGCUAAAGAUUUCCGAUUUUGGAACAUCAAAGAGACUUGCUGGAAUAAACCCAUGUACUGAAACAUUCACUGGUACUCUUCAGUAUAUGGCACCAGAAAUCAUUGAUAAAGGACCAAGAGGCUACGGGAAGGCAGCUGAUAUCUGGUCUUUGGGUUGUACCAUUAUCGAGAUGGCCACAGGAAAACCUCCAUUUUAUGAACUAGGCGAGCCACAGGCAGCAAUGUUCAAGGUUGGAAUGUUCAAAAUACACCCAGAAAUUCCUGAAUCCAUGUCAGCAGAGGCAAAAGCUUUCAUACUACGCUGCUUUGAGCCAGAUCCAGACAAGAGAACUUGUGCCAAUGAGCUUCUUGUUGAUGAGUUCUUAAAAGUCACAAGCAGAAAAAGAAAGUCCCAAUCAAAGCUAACAGCACUCGCAGUUGGAUCAAAUGAAUAUCUUCGAAGCAUAUCAUUGCCCGUUCCUGUUCUGGUAGAAGAUACAAGCAGCAGCAGUGAAUAUGGUUCAGUUUCACCUGACACUGAAUUAAAGCUUGACCCAUUUUCAUUUAAACUGAGAGCCAAGUCCUGUGGAGAUAAGGAUGCAAAAGGGCUUAGGUCUCUUUUCCUAAGCAUCCCAGAUGAGAAUUUUGAGGAUCACAGUGCUCCUCCUUCACCAGAGGAGAAGGAUUCUGGCUUCUUCAUGCUCAAAAAAGAUAGUGAACGGAGGGCCACACUUCACAGAAUUUUAACAGAGGAUCAAGAUAAAGUGGUGAGGAAUUUGAUGGAAGCCUUAACUCAGGGAGCUGAAGAGCCUAAACUGAAAUGGGAACACAUCACAACUUUAGUUGCCAGCCUAAGAGAAUUUGUCAGGUCAACUGAUCGCAAGAUCAUUGCAAGUACACUUUCAAAGCUGAAACUGGAGCUAGACUUUGACAGUCAUGGCAUCAGCCAGGUUCAGUUGGUACUCUUCGGUUUUCAGGAUGCAGUAAAUAAAGUUCUCAGAAAUCACAAUAUCAAGCCACAUUGGAUGUUUGCUCUGGACAGCAUAAUUCGCAAAGCAGUGCAGACUGCUAUUACAAUUCUGGUUCCAGAACUGAGGACACACUUCAGUCUGGCAUCAGAGAGUGAUACAGCAGAUCAGGAUGACAUUGAAGGUGAAGAACAUGACGGGCAGCCUCCAAGCCAGACAAUUCAGCAACCUUGCCUUGUUUUAGAUGAUGGUAACGUCGCUACCUCGGGUGUGAGCACCCUCAGCUCUACAGUAUCCCAUGAAUCCCAGGCUGCCCAGAGAUCCCUCAAUGUUCAACUUGGACGACUAAAAUUGGAAACUAAUAGACUACUAGAAGAGCUAGUGCAUAAGGAAAGAGAAUUUCAAACCUUGUUGCAUCAAGCAAUAGAAGAAAAGGAACAUGAAAUCAAAAACCUGAAGCUUAGGACUCAGCCAAUAGAUAUCCCUGGCUGGUCUGUCGCAAACCUUAACACCACUAGCAGAAGGGCUGAAGAUCCUGAUCUCACUAAUUGGCUGCAAGUUCAUGGUGCUGAUGGAGAAACGAUAAACAGGUUUUUAGCAGAAGACUACACGCUAAUGGAUGUUCUCUGCUAUGUUACACGAGAUGAUCUAAAAUGCCUUAGGCUCAGAGGUGGGAUUUUAUGCACACUGUGGAAGGCUAUCACUGACUUCCGAGAGAAGCACACCUGACCUUGCUGAAAAGAAUUCCUCUAUCUCCACAGAGAACUGGAGCUUUCCUGAGGCACAGAGCAAGAUUUCUGUCAAAGAGAUGCUGUUGCACUUUAAUCCAGUAUUUGUUUACCAUUGUUAA